UCCCCGGCGCGUGGCCGCGCUGUCCUGCGCGCUGGUAGCCGAGGCGCCGGGGGCUCCAUUGGCUCCGGGAUCUAACCCCGCCCGCCGCCCAGCACGUCCGGGCCGCGCUCGCGGGGCGCGGGGCCGCCGCCGCUAUUGUGUGGAUGCGGAUGCGGCGCGGGGCCUCCGCGCUCCUCCCGAGAUGGCGAACCGGGGCCCGAGCUACGGCCUGAGCCGAGAGGUGCAGGAGAAGAUCGAGCAGAAGUACGACGCGGACCUGGAGAACAAGCUGGUGGACUGGAUCAUCCUGCAGUGCGCCGAGGACAUCGCGCACCCGCCCCCCGGCAGGGCCCACUUUCAGCAAUGGUUAAUGGACGGGACGGUCCUGUGCAAGCUGAUAAACAGUUUAUACCCACCCGGACAGGAGCCUAUUCCCAAGAUCUCAGAGUCGAAGAUGGCUUUUAAGCAGAUGGAGCAAAUCUCCCAGUUCCUAAAAGCAGCAGAGAUCUACGGGGUCAGGACCACUGACAUUUUUCAGACGGUGGAUCUGUGGGAAGGGAAGGACAUGGCAGCUGUGCAGAGGACCCUGAUGGCUCUCGGCAGCGUUGCAGUCACCAAGGAUGACGGCUGUUACAGGGGAGAGCCCUCCUGGUUUCACAGGAAAGCCCAGCAGAAUCGGCGAGGAUUUUCAGAGGAGCAGCUCCGCCAGGGACAGAACGUCAUCGGGCUGCAGAUGGGCAGCAACAAGGGGGCCUCCCAGGCCGGCAUGACGGGGUACGGGAUGCCCAGGCAGAUCAUGUGAGAGGCCACCUCCCGCCUCCCCGGAGGGAGCACGAAGGUUCCACACACCGUCUCUGUGAUAAAGAAAUAGUUAGUCACCUUCCGACCUUCUCUUUCUCCGAGCCUCCCAGUUUCUGGUUUUUGCAAGUGCCGCAUUUCCGCUGAGAACCCGCCUUGCCCGCCGCCACCUGUGUCCCCGAGAACUAUGCAAAGACUCCGCCUCCUCUCCCCCAGCUCCUUCUUUGCCCGAGCCUCCUCUUGUCCGAUUAUUUAUUUAUUUAUUUAUUGGCCAAAAAUUCCCCUCCUCGACUUCUCCGAACACACCUAAUAAACAGAUUAGU